AGCCGGCAGGUAGAAUAAUAAUCGACGAUUAUUUACCUAUUUGCAGUUUUUCAGGAUAAUAUUUGCAGUCUGUGCGUGCCGGCUGAUAAUUUGGAUCGAUCAUGAAAACUAGUCCGGGAAAGCAGCGGAACUUCGGUCCGAAACAUAACCAAGCGGGCAGUAAGUUUAAAAAUAAACCCAAGGGAAAUAAUUUCUUCCGUAAAGGUGGCAAAAAUUCGACAAAUCCGUCGGGCGGUAAUGACCGAUCUGCACAGCCGCCAGGUCGUCAAGCAGGUGGAUACGGUGGAAAGCAUCAAGUCAAUAAUAAUAAUAGACCGUCAUUUGGACAAAAUCGCAACGAUAGUAACCAGCGGGCUGGCAAGUGGAAUAAACCGAAACCUCAUGGCGGGCGUUUUAAUACACAUCAACAGAAACCGCAGCAGCACCAGCAUCAGCAGCAGCAUCAGCAGCAACAGCGAACUACACAGAAUCUAGACUCACUGUUUACAGUCAAACCAGCCAAAUUGGACUACUGUUUGGCACCGGAACGGCUGGAGGCGCAGGGUCGUGCUUUGAAGCGAUUUGAACAGCAGGAACAAGAGCAAGAUCGACAGAAGCAUCGCAAUGAGAAGGACCGUCGACAUAAACUGAUGACUGCCAAAACCCGCAAGGGACAGCCGGUUAUGCAAGGCCGUAUGGAGUUGUUGUACAAGAAGGUACAGAAAAUGGUCGACCAGGGUUAGUUUAGUCGGGAUGUGGAAAAAAACUGGUGGUAAUAAAAACACUUGCUUCAGAUUUAAAUACAUAUAAUAAUACUUUAUUACCUAAUAAUGGAGGACAGUAACAGGCUGCCUCUUUGUUUAUUGAAUUAUUUGAAAUACACUAAUUUGUAUUGAUGAUGGAUACGUGCACGUUUGUUUUUCGAUGAGAGUAAAAUAAACGGUAAUU